AUGUCCGAGAUCACCGGCAUCCCCCCGCCAGACACCUCGCCCUCUUCCUCAAUCUCAAUCCCAACACCCUCCCCUCCAAAACCCCCACCUAUCCCCUCCAUCCAAACCCUCAAAUCCUGGGCACCCCUCUACCUCUCUAAGACAGACCGCACCAUUACUCACCUCAACAAAAUUCUCUCCACCCCCAGCGGCACCGACUCCUUCCUCUGUACCCUUCGCUACACCACCCUCUUGUCCUCCGUCCUCCUAUCCUCCAUCUCCAUCUCCCGCAUCCACAAACAGGCCCUCGCCCUAAUCGAAACCGCCAUCUCCCUACCCCCAAACACAACCGUGAUCAUCGACACCUCAAGCAUACCGAGUUCACGGUUAUUAGUCACAGCGCAGCGAUUAAAGGCGUUGAGCAGUUUGAUUAGCGAUUUCAGGAUCUUUGCGCGGUUAUGGGGUUUACUAGGUUUAUGGGCGUGGGGGAAAAGCGUAUGGCUUGAACCGAGUAAGGAUAAAGUGCUGGCGCGUAUAGCGUAUGCGCAAGUUUUCGUCAAUGUGUGUUACCAGUAUUUAGAGAACGGGGCGUAUUUGAGCUCGAAGGGAGCGCUAGGAUGGAAUGGUGAGAAGCAGGGACGGGCUUGGGUUUGGAGCUCGAGAUUUUGGAUGGCGCAUACGGUGUUAGAUCUGGGGAAGCUGUAUCAUGAGUGGCAGGUGAGGAGGGGGAAGAGUGGGAAGGGCGAUGAGGAGGUUGAGGAGAAGAGCGAGGAGGCUUGGAGGCGGCUGUGGAAGAAGCAGUUGGUGGUUGAUUUGGCGUAUGCGCCGCUUACGGUGCAUUAUAGCUUGGAGAAUGGAUUGAUGGGCGACUUCUUGGUUGCGUUGUCUGGGAGUGUUGCGGGGUUGACUGGGUUUAGGUAUUUGUGGAGAAAUACCAGUAGUUAG